AUGAUGAUUUUACGCGCGACCUGCUUGUCCUUGCUCUGGACCGUCUCGACACUGGCACAGAACCUUGAUGUCCGAAACCCCGUCGAGGAUCUGUCUUUCGGUCACAAGUCCACCUUGUCACCGAACUCCUUCGCCAUUCCUGGCUGGUCCAUGCUAGGCGAAGGACACGUUCCCCAACUCCUGUCCGAUCGAGUCAUCCUAACACCUCCUUAUGGCGGAAACAAACGAGGUGCGCUGUGGUCGGAGAACAAACUUUCGCUGCAAGACUGGCAAGUCGACCUGAAGUUCAGAGCCGGUGCAACAGAUCGAGGAAGCGGGAAUUUCCAGCUCUGGUACGCCCAAGACGGGGACAAACAAGUAAGCACGUCGAACAUAUACUCGGUGGGAACGUGGGAGGGCCUCGCCAUUGUUGUCGACACAGUGGGCGGCGUACAGAAGAUCCGAGGGUUUCUCAAUGACGGUUCUACCAAUUACAAGACACAUGGCAACGUCGACUCUCUAGCCUUUGGCCACUGCGACUACAUCUACCGGAACCUGGGCCGACCUUCACACAUUAUCGUGAGAUCUUCGGGCAGUGGUCUACAAGUUGAGGUUGACGGUCGUUCAUGCUUUGCUACUGACAAGGUGUCUCUACCGUCAUCCUACAACUUCGGCCUGACAGCAUCGUCUGCCGAUCCGCCCGACUCGUUUGAAGUGUUUGCUUUCGCAGUCAGCAAUGCACCCGCAUCAACUAUUCCGCCAGCGCAGCAGCAGCAGCAGCAACAACAACAACAACAACAACAACAACAACAACAACAACAGCAGCAGCAGUCUUCACCUCCACCACCUGCGCAGAAUAAUCCGGAUGCUAGCAUACCGCAGGUGGACGACCACCCAGCCUCGUUUUACACUACCUCUGAGGCCCAAUUUGCCGACCUUCACAAUCGUCUCAAUCUCCUUUCCAAGGCCAUAACAAACCUCUUCACCGAAAUCACGAGGCACACACAAGCCGAAGAAGCUCGGUACAAGGAGAUCCUUGCCCGCAUCCCGUCUGACCAGAGCAUAAGAUCGCUAGAGUCCAGAGUUGGUAACCUGGACCGCGUUGUCGCCGACCUAGAGCGCGAGUUGAAGUCUUCGGACCACAAAGCUCAAUUUGCAAAGAUCUCGGAACAACUCUCUCAAACGCACCUCGGCUUGACAGAACAUGUGCCGCAAAGACUGAGGGAGUAUGUUCAGGCACACACGCCACGGAUCGGGUUCAUCCUAUAUAGUUUCAUGGCAUUCCAAACGUGCUGUAUCGGCGCAUGGGCGUGGUAUAAGUACCGCAAGAGCACCAUGCCAAAGAAGUAUCUGUAA